AAAAAAAAAAAAAAAAAAAAAAAAUCCCCCAAAAUCCGAUAAGGCCUAUAAAAGACGGAGCAUCAGACAGAGAGAGACACCAGGGUCAUCCACAUCAAGAGGAACCACCAUGAAUUCUUGCUUUGUCUUCAUUUUGUUGGUCGCCGGUGCCGCAUCAAAGGUCGUUGAGAAGAGGAUUCUCGCGAGCAAGUCCUGCGACAAGGACCGGCAGUACCAUGUCCAGAUAACGUCUGUCCAGGGCGGGAAGUCCUGUGGAGGCGCCUUGCUCAACACCCGCUGGGUCAUCACGGCCUCUCACUGUGCAGAGCAGAACGUCAAAGUGAAGCUCGGCGUGAACAACGACGUGUCCAUCGUCACGAAAGCUUUCUCUUGGUUCAAAGGAAACUCCAAGAAACACGAGCAAACCGUUUCGACCAAGCAGCAGUUCACCUUCAAAGAUGAGGAGGGAAACGCCCAUGACAUAAUGCUCAUCAAGCUGAACGAGGACAUGUCAGCCAAGCUUCCCACCAUCAGCCUUCACUCGGGAGAGUGCACCAAGCUGGAGCCAAAAACUAAAGUGGAGAUCGGGGGCAUGGGAGCAAAGAAAGCAGGAGGCAAACCGGUUGAUGAGGUGAGGUGUGCCACCACCCAGAUCACUGAGUGCGGUGAGAACGACAAACCUGACAGCAAGUACAGCAACGGAGAAUCUACGAUGUGUGCCUUCAGCGCCGGAGUGGAGUCCUGCUUUGGCGACGCAGGCUCAGCCGUGGAGCACGAAGGACAUCUACAUGGAAUCAUUGUUAGCGAGCCCGCGGAUAAGUGCGCUAAGACUAUUGUAAUGCUGGACAUCUGCAGCUACAUGGAGUGGAUCGAUAAAACCAUGAAGGAGAACUAAUGAGUACAGGCCCUGUCGCCUAUUUAGUUAGUAGAGGAGACUACCCUAUUGACCUAUUUAUUUAACUUAUUUAUUUGUGCAUUUUAGUCAUAGUAUCUAAUGUGCUAUUCAGAUAUUUUAAGAAAAUAUGAUUUAAGACUAUACUAGGAUGCAACGCUUUUGUUCAGAUACCCGUCUCACAACCAUUUAUCUCCAUGAAUAAAAAGAUAGCCCUAU